ACUUUUAAGGUUAGGUUUGAUCCGAUAGCUUGUAUUUUGUUUAUUUUGCUUGUAUACUUGUUAUUAAAUAUCUUUCCGGAAACUAAUAAUACUAUGAGUUUACCGACAGACUUCGGGCCGGAUUCAGGUGGACGAAUAAAGGGUCUUACAAUCGUCAAACCAAUAGUCUACGGCAACAUAGCGAGGUAUUUCGGCAAGAAACGAGAAGAGGACGGACACACGCAUCAAUGGACGGUGUACGUGAAGCCUUAUGCCAACGAAGAUAUGUCGAAUUACAUCAAGAAGGUUAACUUUAAGUUGCACGAGAGCUACGCGAACCCGAACCGGAUUGUGACGAAGCCGCCGUACGAGCUCACGGAGACGGGCUGGGGCGAGUUCGAGAUCGUUAUCAAGCUACAUUUCCAUGAUCCAAAUGAGAGACCUGUAACCCUCUACCACAUCCUCAAGCUCUUCCAGUCGCCAGCAUCAGAGGGUGCUCCCCCGACCGUCGGCCGGGCGCUCGUCAGCGAGUCCUAUGAAGAGAUCGUGUUUCAGGAGCCAACACAGCUGAUGCAGCACUUGCUCACCACAGUCAAACCUGUCACCAAUGGACCAAGGACUCAUGACACUAAUUUUGAAGAAAAGAAAGAAAAAACAUUAGAAAAGAUCAUAGCAGCCCAAGCCAAGGUGCGCAGCGAGAUAGCCGAGCUAAAGGAAAAGUUGCAGCUAGCCAAGGAGACGGGGGCCAAGUUUAAGGAAGAAAUUGCCAAGCUACAGAACAGUUCUUCUGGCUUGCUCUCCGUAAUAUAGGAAUCAUACAUAUACAUAAAAAACAAAUAGAUAUCAUUGUAGACAACAAACCAUUAGACUAUGUUGAAAGCUAUAUAUACUUAGGAAAGCAGAUUGGUUUCAACAACAAGAACAAUGAACUAGAAGUUGACAGAAGAAUCAAAAAUACAUGGAACAAAUAUUGGUCUUAUAAAGAAAUAUUUAAAAGUAGCAUGCCAAUAACUCUUAAAAAGAAGGCUAUGGACACCUGCCUCAUCCCCAGCUUAACAUAUGCUUGCCAGACAUGGAAGUUCACAGAAAAAAUAAAAAAUAAAAUUAUUACUUGCCAGAGGGGAAUGGAACGGAGCAUGUUGAACAUAAAAAAGAUACAAAAGAUAAGACAUAGUAAAAUAAAAGCAACAAUAAAAGCAAUAGAUGCUCUAGAACACGCUAGAAAGCUAAAAUGGAGAUGGGCUGGACAUGUGGCUCGCCUUAAAGACCACAGAUGGACAGCCAUAGUCACGAACUGGAAAGGCCCAGACGGUAAGCGCCGAAAAGGCAAACCAAACAUGCGCUGGGAGGAAGACAUGAAAAGAAUUGCUGGUCCAAAUUGGAAAAGAAUAGCACAAGACCGUGAAAAAUGGAUAUCUUUGGAAGAGGCCUUCACCUAACGGGUUCCUACAAAUUAAAUCAACAUAAAUAUAUUAACAAACUUAUGUAUAACAAAAGGAAAUAAAAGGCUUUUUAUUUUUUAUUUUUAUUUAUUUAUUUACAUAUACAUACACAGAAAAUUAGAAAUUGCCUCUACUGUUUGAGAACCGGUCUGGCCUAGUGACCCUGUGAAGCCAAUGGUCCUGGGUUCGAAUAUCGUCGCCUAGCACCCAUAGUACCGUCAGCCAAGAAAGUGGUUUACCACUUUUUGACUCUUCAUCUGAUUGAUAGAGUCGAAAAGUGGUAGACCACUUUCUUGGCUGACCGUACAAGCAUUGCUUAGUUUGGUACUAGGUUGAUCUGUGUAAGAUGUUCCCUAAUAUUUAUUAAUUUUAUUUACGUACACAGAAAAUAUAAAUUGUCGGUACUGUUUCCAACUGACCCCUUCCCCUUUUCCUUUUUCUUUUUUUUUUUUUUUUUUUUGUUUCCCUUUGAGUGACAGAUGUCCACAUAUUCGCAAGUUUACGGUUUAAUAUUAACCUUUGUGCAUUCAAAAUUGUCUACGGUGGCGCGUUUUUUAUAAUAGGCGUCGCAUUCAAAGGGUUAAAGAAGAGUUAUAGAGUUUAAUGGAGGCCCCCAGUUCCUCAGUCCACAUUUUUCGAUACCAUUCUACGCUGCGUCGGUAAUUCGGUAUUAUACUAUUAGUACUCUUAUCUUAUCUUAGUACUACUACUAAUUACUAUAAUAAAUAAUAAAAUUAAGUAGGUAUAAUAGUGUUUUAGGUAUUAACGUAAGACUGUUUAUGUAAGAAAGCAUGAAAUAAAACAUUUUAUGAUGUA